AUGGCUGCAUCGGGCAAAGUCAAGCAACUGCGGGUUUUCAACAAGCUGGGGAGCGAACUGCGGGAGGAGGACUUGCGGUAUUUGAAGGACAAGGAUAUGCUCUACCUGUCGCGCGGGGAGGAGUUCGACCGCAGCAACUGCCUCUCCGAAUACGAGAUCGAAAAGGUGAUCGGAGAAGGCGGGUUCGGCAAAGUCAUGCUCGGGCGGCACAAAGUCUCUGGGCAGCGUGUGGCCAUCAAGUUCCUGAAGACUGGCAACGUGAGCGGCAGCAUGGACGUGGGCAGCAUCUUCAAGGAAAGCGAAAUCCUGCGCAGCCUCACCCACGACAACAUCGUCAGGGUCUACAACUGCCAGUCCCUGCCCGACAUGCAGAUGUUCAUCAUCAUGGAGUACCUCGAGGGCGGAGAGCUGUUGUCUCUGCUCGAGACUCGACGGCUCUCUGAGCAGGAGUGCAAAAUCAUCUUCAAGCAGCUGGUCCGAGCCAUGGACUUCUGUCACCAGCGAGGCCUCAUCCAUCGAGAUCUCAAGCUCGAGAACCUGCUGCUGACUCGCAAAGACACUUCACAUAAAGUAGUCGAUUUCGGCAUCGCGGGGGUGUCGUCGCAGUUCGCAGCCAAGGAGGUGGACAUAGGCACUCUCAAGUAUAUGGCGCCGGAAAUCUUUCGGGAGAAGGUCAAGCCGGGCCCCAACGUGGACGUCUGGGCUGCAGGCAUCAUUCUCUUCUGCCUGCUGUUCGGUGAAACUACCAUUCGAAGGAGACAACACUCACAGCCUCCUUGA